CCAGCCGGACUCGGCAGGGUACUUCUCUACCGCUGCCACUAGUUCUUCCGUUGAACAUGCCUUUCGUUGAGCUGGACACGAACUUGCCCUCCGAUCGCGUGCCCGCAGGACUGGAGAAACGUCUUUGCGCGGCCACUGCUGCCAUCCUGGGCAAACCUGAGGACCGCGUGAAUGUGACUGUGCGGCCGGGCCUGUCCAUGGCGCUGAGCGGCUCCACGGAGCCCUGCGCGCAGCUUUUCGUCUCCUCCAUCGGCGUGGUGGGCACCGCAGAGGACAACCGCGGCCACAGCGCUCGCCUCUUCGAGUUUCUCACCAAGGAGCUGUCCCUGGGCCAGGACCGGAUUAUUAUCCGCUUUUUCCCCCUGGAGCCCUGGCAGAUUGGCAAGAAAGGGACGGUUAUGACUUUUUUGUGAUUGGCAUCGGUGAGCUGGUUGCCCCUUCCAGAAAGACCUCUUGGCAGAGAGAGGACCAAGUGGAGACAAGCUUUGGACACUCCCUUAUGCAGACAUUCGUGUGACCUUACAAUUUUCUUCUUGACAAAUAAAUGAAGAGAACUUCAUUAUG